AUGGUGGUCCUCCGAUCAUCGUACUUCGAGAGUGGUCUUCAUGCCGAGAUCGGGAAAGGUGAGAACGCUACACAGUGGCUAAUCAUUGGGACACGACCCACGAACAAAGAUCCAGUGAACUGCUAUGAGAUUCCGAGUGCAUAUGUCGAUACGUCUACACUCGUGUUUUGUGUACCAUGA